ACUCUCAUGUGUCCAUUGCUUUUGAGUACUUGUUAAUCAUCAAAGCUAUAAUCUUGGAAUGAAUCGUAAAUCUACAAGCUUGAAAGUUCAUAACUUUUUUCGAGCCUUUUUCGGUUCGAAUGAAUUCGGAAUUUGAUUGUUGCAGGUGGGUUGCGAGUUGUUCAUGAAGGAGAAAACAGAUUGGCUAAGUACUCUUCUUCGAACUGAGUUCUUUGGCCCUUGCUCUGAUCAUCAAGGCCUUCGAAAGAACGAGAAGAAUGUGUUCUGCAUCGAUUGCAGCCUCGGGGUUUGCCGGCAUUGUAAGGCUCAUAGCCAACAUCUUUCACUUCAGAUCUGCAAAUAUGUCUACCAAGAUGUUGCUCGCCUUCAAGAAAUGCAGAAACAUAUUGAUUGUUCCAAAAUUCAGACAUACAAAAUCAAUGGUGAAAAAGCUGUGCAUUUGAAUCCUCGGCCUCAAGCUAAAGACGCCAAGCCGUCAACGAAAUCGAAAACCGGCUCCGCAUGUGAAGCUUGUGGGAGAUACCUUCAAGACUCUCCUAAUAGAUUUUGUUCCAUUGCAUGCAAGGUCUCAACUGUUGAUCAUGCAAAGCCUAGAAACCAAACCGGUAAACUCGAAUUGUCGAUACGAGAGUUCCCCGAUCUUCCACGGAAGUAUAAUAAAAAUUCACCGGAAAUAAGCACAGAAGAGAAGCAAUCAUCCCUUUCAUCAACCGAUGUCUCCGAGGAGACAAAAACAUCGUUGACCAAGAGUUUAAAGCCUAGGAAACGAUUGAAGAAACGGAAAGGCACUCCUCAUAGAGCUCCGGUCGGUUAAUGAUUCGAGGUUUUUGGUAGAUACUCAACAAAUGGUACUUGAAAUUAGCCUUUAACCUCAAUGAAUUGAAGAUUAGGCCCACAUUUUGGAACUUAGUUGGGGGUUAGUUGAGAAGGCAGACCCACACUGCCAUGAAAGGGUGAUAAUUCUGUUUUUGUACAGCAUGUGAGGAAAAUGGGUAUUGAAUUGAAGUUGACGGGCAGCAAGUAGCAAUGUUUUCAAAGAUCUAUUGUAUCUA